GAUCAACAGCUAAUGAAAAGGAAAAAUAGAUCUAAUAAAGCCUAAUAAAGGUCUAGAUUCUAUAUCUAUAUCUAUCAAUCUACCUUGUCAUUGGAUCUAGUAUUACUAGAUUUCAUUUAUUUAUCUAUUUUUGAGCGCGUUAAAACGUAGCCUAUUCAUUACGAUCUAAACUAGAUCUAGCCUAUAUCUGUUUAGAAUUCCAAUUUAGAUCUAAGCUAAAAAUCGAUGUUUUUCCAUAACUUUUAUGCGCUGCAACCAUGUACGCGUGUAUCGGCAGUGGUGUGUACGCUUAAAACACACCUCUAUAAUUAUAAAUAUUAGAAGCCUAAAUCUAAACUCUAAACAUUUUGAAUUCUAGAUCUAAAAUUACCUCUCAUCAUAUAGAUUUAGAUUGGAAUGACAAUAUCAAUAUGUUAACUACGCUCACAAAAUUUUUAGAUCUAAUCUAGAAAAUGUUAGAUCUAGACUAUUUUCUAGACUUAGACUUAGAAUGACUUAGAUCUAAUGAAUCUAAUGAUAAUGUAAUAAUGUAAUAUAUGAAUUUGAUCUCGAUCUACUAGGUUGUUUACCAAAAGAUGGAAAUGAUUCAAUUGACACAGCCUUAUAUUCCAGGUUUUCUAGCUUUCCGGGAGGUUCCAGCUCUACUGAAGUUGUUAGAGGAUCUUAAAGCUAAUGCCCCACAUUAUUUUCCAGAUGUCAUUUUACUAGAUGGGAAUGGAAUUUUGCAUCCAAGAGGCUUUGGUCUUGCCUGUCAACUUGGAGUUUUAGCUCAGGUUCCCACUGUUGGUAUUGCUAAGACCUUAAUAUCAGCUCAAGGGAUCGUUGAUGACCAGAAUCAUAAGAAUAAAAAGGCAGAGUUAAAAGAAGCUGGUGAUGGUUUUGAACUGAUUUCUGAUACAGGGGAGACUCUUGGAAUGUGUUUGCGUGCUCAUGAUAAAGCUCAGAAUCCAAUCUAUGUUUCUGUUGGCCACAUGAUUAGUUUAAGAUCCUCAGUUUGGUUAGCGCUUGAAUGUAGCAAGUACAGAAUUCCAGAGCCAGUCAGAAGAGCUGAUGUAGAUUCAAGAGAAUAUCUGAGACAGGGAAAAACAGAACCUUAUGAAUUCAUUGCUCCAGUAGAGAACUAAUUGUUUCCCUGUUAGUAUUUUAUCUAUAUAAUGGCUGUGAAAUAUAACAAGUUGUUCAGUUGCUUGUUGAUGUAAAUUAUGUUCCUUAUCAAGACCAAUUUUGAUGACUAAAUAACUCACAGAUACAUUUUAAAGAUCUUUGCUUGAAUACAUGGAGUCAUAUAUUGUACUAAAUAUUGGCUAUGCUAUAGUAAGGAUUUUUACCUAUAGUCUUUUUUGCUUUAAAAGACUGACAAAAAUGUACACAUCUUUUAUUGACUGUAGUAAAUUUAGCCUACAAAUGAUUUUAUUCUAGCUGUUAAUAUCCUCUUUUACUAAAACUCAGUCCAUUUUUUAAAGUUGAUACUUUUUACCAGUGUUUAUUAUAGAUAGGAUAUGAGACUUAAAAAAAAAUAGUACUGGGGAUUUAGUGAAGAUUUUAGAAAUGUUUUUUUACUGGAAAGCAACUUUAAUUGAUUCAUGCUAAUUAAUGUAGUUUUUAGUAAUUGAUGAGCUUUUAAAAAUAGCUCAUAAUUAGCCAAUUCUUUUCAAAAAUCUUCUAAUACUUCAAGAUUGAAUCAGGUUAAUGCAGCAAAUAAUCAGACUUUAAAUACUGGAUCUGUCAUGUCUCAGGGCUUUUUUAAAAAUGUAUAUGAAUAACAUAUAUUUAAUUAUAUGUGCGUCUACAAUCAUUUGUGAUAGUGUUUUUAGAAUUUAAUUAACUCUUCUAGCCCUCAGUCCCUAGAUUUAACUUUCUCCAUAUGCCUGAGCUCCAUAGAGCCAUGGCCCCCUUUUCUUUCAACUCUAAUAAAAGUUCACAUCUUUUCUUAUCAAUCGAGCUGUCACUUUCUCUGAAGUUAAGAUAUUAUUUUUAUCAAAAGACUUGUAGAGUCAAGUCUAAAUCAUUUAAAAUAUUUAUUAACUUGAGGCUUAGACCUACCAUAUACAUGCUAUAUUGAAUUGUAUUCAAAUUUUCUGAAAUUUUUCUCAAAUUCGAUGUAAACACAUGCAGUGAUGACGGCAGCUAUUUUUAAUCAUUAGUAUACAAAUUUCACCACAUUUUGUUUGUUAUUUUUAGAUGCUUGUUGCAAUUGUUCUAAACAGGGAAAGGCAUGACAUGGCCUAAAUUGUGCUGAUGUGCCUAAAAUCAAAAUCAAAUCAAAUCUAAACAGGGUAAAAAAUUCCUACUUUAGUGGGUUCACGGAUAUAGAGCCUUAUAAGGGAUUCCCUUUAAAGUGGGUUCACUGAGAUGUGGAGUUUUGUUUUAUUCUUGCUAUGAAAUAAAGGAUCCACAUCUUGCUUAUUAUUUAGUGAUUGUUAAAAAUAUUAAUCUGCUGUCCAUUAUACCUUUGCUUAGUUGAUGAUAACCUACAGAAUGAUUUUAAAGAAGGAAAUUGAUGAGUCAAAAUAUUGGUAAUAUUGUAUUGUGUUCAAGCAGUCAACUUUUAAUUAGCUAGUAUCUACUUUUUAUUCAUUUUUUUCUACACAUAGUAUUACUUGAUCAUAUUUAAGUGUUUUUUUUUAAUUUUUUUUUAAUUAUUGUAAUAUAUAUUAGUUUUAAUGACUAAUUUGAGUUGUUAUUCAUAAUGUUUGUAUUCUUUAUUAAACAUAAAAUUAAAUUAUUGUCAAUGCACCAUUCA